AUGGCAGAGGGAAUAAGAAAUUCCAGUUCCGGCUGCCGCUGUCGCCGGGGAAAUGCAGUGGGCACAAGUGCAGUCGGGGGUCCGCCAGUCGGGAGGGACUGCUACAUGCCGGAUGUGUGCACGGUGACAUUCCGGUGUCUGCUGAGUAUUGCAGCGCAGGAGUCCACAGUACUCGGAAAGCAUGCGCGGAGUCGAAGACCGCUAUGGGAGGAUAUUUCCGGACCAGCGACGGCAGAGGGCGGUGGUAUCACGGGGGUAUGUUUGUGGCUGUGGGGCAUGGGUGGAGGAAACCGGACUCGGCUGGGCCAUCGCACGUACAACAACAGAGGCGUCUGGCACGUGCCGGCGGUGGAGACCGCCACCAGCCGGGGAGAAGAGGCCAUGUGUGGAAUGGGGAAACAGGAUAAGGCAUGA